CUCUAAAGAAGAUCCUUUCCGUGCUGUCUCGUGCACCCAGGUGCCUAGUAUGACGAAUUCCUCAUACGGACACGCUACACUUGCUCUGUUUAUUGAAUUAACGUUGAUGUGGUGAAUGCCUGCUGUUUGUUCCUGCUCGUGACCGCGAAUUGCACCUUCCCACCUUCACCUCUUUCUCUGCAUUGUGUGACUACAUGUGAUUGUGCAAUCGUCGACUCCGUCUCAGAGGGGUUGGUUUAUUUCCUCGGACAGCCCUUUUUACCUUCUCUGCGUGAACAACUUCAACUGGCAAAGGGCAUAUAGGGACACAAAGACCUGUACUAGAUGACCUGACUUGCGCCGUCAUAACCGCUGCCAUGGCCUCCAAUACUUUCCAGCAGCUUUUGAAACGGGCUUCAUUCUACCUCUUCGGCGUCUUCAGCUAUUUUCUCUACACGAGUUUGUCCAUUAGGAGCGGGGCAUUCUUCAAAAAGAACACCGAGCAAGACAAUCUACAAUACGCUAUUGAACGAGAUCGGUUCUGGAACUUGACAAAGGAACCUUUGCCAGGUUUCAAGCACUACUUCUAUUCCCUGCGCAAUGGCCUCAAACUACACUACCUCUCCAAUCGAGCCGGAGCGACGACGGGCAACCUGAUCGUCUUCGUACAUGGGUUUCCUGACAGUUCAAUGAUGUGGAGGCAUCUAUUGCAAGAGCCGGCUAUACCAAAAAAUGAGGCUACCUUGGUCUGUGUUGACUUGCCUGGCUUCGGAGGGAGUGACAGCUUCAAGGUCUAUGACACUGAAGUACUAGAAGCUCUGACUGAAUUCAUUGUUGCCAUGCGAGACCGAUAUAUUCCAGCCGAGGAAACAGAGGUGACGAACACGUUCAUAGUAGGGCAUGACUGGGGUUGUGUACUUGGCUUUCGCCUCGCUACAGAUGCUCCCUGCCUGGCUGAUCGUUUCAUACUGACCAACGCUCCACAUGUCGAACUUGCUCUUGCAAACAAGGACCGCAUAAUCAACUCGGCCUCCAAGAUCUUCAAGCAGUUCAAACAGUCACCCAAGCAACACUUCGGCUGCCUGUCCAAGUCCAUCAAUACGCUGAAGCCACUGCUGUGGCAAACAUUGUUGAUGGCCUACAUAUUCGCCUUCAAUCUGUCUCCAGUCUUCGUCCGAAGCUUGGGCACCGGUGGAAACUAUUCAUUUCUGAGAGGAGCCAACAAGAUAGGAUACGAUAAGCGCUCAGAUGAGUACCGACCUCAAGAAGCUCUCGCCUCUACCCUUGGCCCUGGUCCUGAAGAAUGCAAAACUGCGACCCACGAUGGAGGUAGCUAUGGUCCGACUGUGCUGCUGAGAGCCAAGUCCUCAGCAGAGGCAUUCUGGAAUAUGACCGGUGUUUACCGUGAUGGAGUUGCAACAAGGCCGUGGACCAAAUCUCUCGAAACUAUUGCAGACUUGUAUGCUCUGGAGACCUCGGCGUCGGAGUCGAGCUCUCCUGGCAGCAGACGCCGUUCUUCAAUCUCAAACCACACCUUAUUUGUUGACCAUAUCAAGGGAAAGUUGAAUGCACCGGCGUAUGUGAUCUGGGGCGAGAAAGACCAGGCGUGCAGCAGAACCAUUUGUUUGGAUGGCUUAGGAGAUUAUCUUGCCAAGGACAGCGAAGUGACCAUCCUACCAAGAAGUGGUCACUGGACGCCUGUGGGUAAAGAGUCUCGAGCAGCUCUCGCUACAGCCAUUGGAUUGUUUGCAGGAAGAGAUGCCAAACCUGUUCCGAAGAUGACUGCUGAAGUACAAAAGAUCUAUCCGGAUGCAGUCAUGAUGGCGAAGAAAUGAAUGUCACGGUAACAACGAUAUGAAUAUCUUCCAAUUCCCAUGCAGACCUCAUGAUGAUGGAUCUGCCUCAAGAGAGCUGUACGCUAUUGACAUUAUUCGGCGAAUUUCAAACAACGAUUGUCUUGAAGGUGGUUCGCAGGUACAGCUGGACUGAGGAGCUCUUACGCGAAGAGAAGCUGCCUAGCUGGGUACGAAAAGAUAACUUUGUCAAUGAUACUCUAUUGAUUGCACUGCCCUCUGAUCAAUACUACGAUGACUGAAAUAUCGCUUGGCUUUGUUCCCUUCAAGUCAUGCAGACAUGCCGUCCACUUCCGUCCACUUUAUGCCAUGAUCAAGACGGGUUUCCUUCUUGUUGGGUAAUCAGAGCAGGCUAAUCCACAGGAAGUGAAGGAACGUGAG